ACCAGAAAAACCAGCUCGCGCUGGAGUCACUGCACGGCCGUCUCACUGCAGAGCGCACAAGCGCUGCAGCCAGCUCUCUCCCGAACACAAAUCUCAAGUCUUCUUUUCGGUUUUUUAUUUAACUUUAGUUUAUUUACCUUUAGUUUUAUUAUUUUUAUUAUUCGUUUUGAAACUUUGUUUCGUCUGAUUGGAUUUUGCUCAACUUGCUUUAGUUUAUGCGUAAGUGUUAAAUCUCCUGAACAACGUCGUUCUCACCAUCAGCGUCGCGUUGCGGGCUGGAUUAUGCGUUCCUGCGCAGCGGAGGGUGGGGAUCGGCCAGGUUGCGGUGCCUCACCUGCGGGACUGUGAUGCAGAAGAAUCGGCGGGGACGCACAGACAUUCCGAAAGAUGGAAUCUACAACAGGGAACCCUUCCACCAACUCCACCCUCACCGCAGAGUCAGCCCGGACCAAGUCCAAAGAGCAAAUUCUCAUCCAGAGUUCCGGCGCCAUGAUCGCCGUCAUCGUUAUUGGGAUCAUAAUCAUCCUCACCAUCCUACUGAUCAUCCUGAAGACAUACCACAGGUGCACACAUGCGUCUCGCCUGCUCGGCAGGGGGCCCAAGUCUCGCACGAAGUCGUCCUCCACCGCGCACACCAACCUGACCCUGGGGCAGCGCGUGGCCAGCUCGGUGUCCGGCAGCGCCGCGAACUCGCGCAGCACCGUGCGAAACGGCUUCCACUUGCCGCGAGCACCGAGCCCGAACCAAAACAGCUCGGAGCAGCUCAGCACGAUUAGCGACUCCACGGUGGUGACCAUACACAGCGCGCCCCCGGAGAACACAUAGCGAUUUGGCGAAGAGACUGUUGUUGUAGGAUGCUCUACCGCGGGUGGCCCCGAACGUGCACUUCCUGCCUGGGGAACCUCGGCCAUCUCCGUUCCACUGCGGUCUUGCUGCUAGGAGACGGACAUCAAUCGGCGACGUGUCAAAGUCGGUGUCGCCUAUAAAUAGCCUAUAAGUGCAGAUUGGGAAAUACAAAACAUUACCCUUGUGUAAAAUCCAGCUAUGAAGAGCCUGAAGUUGUCAGCUACCAGCUGUUUCAAAACAUAUAGCUUGAGCUGGUCAAACCAUGUUGAGUAUGGAGCUGGUCUGACUGACUGGCCGGCUGUUUUAAAACGGUUUUUUUUUCAGACCAAAAAACGCAGCCCAUUCUUUUUUUGUUGAGUGUGUAAAUGCGUCCUUUGCUAAUUGAAGGAAACAUGGCGUGUUAGCUCAGAUCGGCGAUAUAAACCAAUGCUUAUGUUCAGGAGUUGAAUGACUGAAUUGUGUCAAAAGAACGUCUGAACAACGUGUCCGUCUUGUCAACAAAGACCUUUUCCAUUCACCCACUGUGUGUGCAGUGAAACUCUUUGUCCCCCUGUCAGCGGGUGCUCUUUUUUUGCUAUUUAAAAUGUCAUAAUUUUGUUUUUAAAAUAUGCAAAUAAAUAUUUUGACAUGGUUUGUUUGAUAACAAAAAAAUAAAAAAGAGGAUAUUCCUAACUUCCACUGCAUGGAAGAAGUCAAAAGAGACAUCGAUGUGUCUGUUGUCACCCAUGUCGCGGUUAUUCCAGUUGGUAUCUUACUUACGUAAUUGUUCUGGAUUCAAAUACUUGGAUUCUACAUUAGAUACUCUCAAAAAGUGCAAACCCCGCCUUAUGGUCCUUUUGGUUGCACCAGGCAAGAUCAACCGAGCACAGAAAAGUACUUGAAUCGAAAACAAUUACGCAUUUGACCCAGGUCCGGUCCUGAUAUCGCUUUCAUGUCUGUGCAUGUCCAUGCUGACAGAGCUGUUCACGUGACUACGCAGUCCAAUUCAGCAGCUCAUCCGUGAAGAUUCAAACUUUUCGCUCUGUAGUCUUGUCUUUUGAGAAAGAAAAAAAAUAUGUGCAGAUAGUUUGAGAAUGUAUUGACUUAUAUUCAUUAUUUUUAUAUUUUUGAUCGAAGCACCUUUCAUCUUCCCUUUUUGGAUUCAUUGCCAGAGGGCACGGGGCAGUUGUAAAAGCCUGAAUGAAAACGGAGGCUUGAAAUGCUAUCAGUGAAGGCAUUAAGCCAGAAUGCUCUUUUGUCUAGCAUCACCUUUAAUGAAUUUAAUGAAAUGCAGUUCAAUGAAUAGCAUCAAAUGCGCACACAAUCGCUGGAUGCACCAUACAACUGUGAUUAGCUUGGUGGUAAUAAAAUGUCUUCCCAAAACGUUCAGAAA